AGUCCUGCUGGUAAGCUUGAAACCAUUGUGAACCCAGUCGCCCAGAAGCAGCAGCAGCAUCAGCGUGGUUAGUUUCUCUGCUCCAACAUGACCUCAGACAUUAACACAGACUUGGAUCUGGAGCUGGAUGGGUUGCUGCAGGAGUUCCAGGAUGUGGUGGAGGAGCUGAAGGCCCCCUCUCUGAGCAAACCGCAUCCUUACCAGCACGUCUUGCAGGAGGCCAAAAGUCGCACGGGGCUGGGAGACGACAGCGGAGUGGAGGACUCGGAUUACAGCAGCGAAGCUUCUUUGGGAAACAGUUUGAACACCAGCGAGGAGGAGCUUCGCACAGCAGGCAUAAUGCUGGCACCGAAAGCCAAGCUGGGAGACACAAGGGAACUUGAGAGUUUUAUCGACAUGUUGGACCGAGAACUUGCAGAGAUGUGAACUGAGAAAGAAAGAGAGACACGAAGAUGGGGAGAAACAGGCCGUGGGCGACUUGGCUGGCUACCGCAGAUCUACACCAGGGCAGAUCUGAGGGAACAAAUGCUUCACCAGGGGAAAAGGUUAACAUCAGAAAUUAGAAGGGCACUCCAUUCCAAAAUGCAAGAUCCCCCCCAGACCUUUGGCGACGCCUCGUCAAGCUGGAAAGACGAUGCCCCAACAGCUUCAGAUCAGAGAUAUGCGACAAAUUACUGAAACUAGACCAACCCUAAACCCUCUGGAGGUACGAGAAAACGCUCCCAGAGCAUAGGAAGCAUGCUAUUGCAAAAUGUACAUUUCCAAUAAGUACAAUGGCCCUAAAUCCUCAGUGUUAUUUAUUGUAUAAGGAAGCUGGUCCAAAUUACAGACGGAACUUUAGUUUUAAAUGAAUUAAAGUCCAAGAGGUCCAGAUCUGUGUAUAGGCCAUCAAAAGUUAUGUAUAUGCAGACAUUUCCAGUGUAUAUUUCUUGUUAAUAUUCCUUUCUUUUUUAGAUAUAUAUAAAUGGUUGUACAGAUUUAUAUAAAUAAAGUUACAUUUUCAUUGAA